UUGCUAACAAUACGCUGCAUUUAACAAUAUUCUAUUGUUUAAAUAGCUUUGCGAAAAUUAUGCGCUGUGUUCGAAAGUUCUUAUUGCGAAUGUGGAGUGAGAGAGAGAGGAGAAAAAAGAGAGAAGAAAAGGCUGAACCAAAUGGUCAGCAGGAUAAAAAUUAUCCCAUAAAUAUUGACGACAAUUUUCUUGAAACGAAGUGUCACACCUUUAAGAAAAAGGAGACACAAUUCCAAGAAAAGAUACCCAAGAAAAAGGGAAAAUUUACAGAAUUCUGCAGAAAUGCAUUCUGUAAAUUCUUUUGUUGUAUGUCAAAGGAGAUUUCCGAUUCUCAAAAAUGCCAAUUGGUAAAUAAUCUCGAAAAAGAUUCUGAACUUGAAUUUGAAAAAUAUAAUCAAAAUGUUAUUGAGGAUUUUGAAUUUAAAGAAAUUGGAAAAGGCAAUUUCGGAACCGUUUAUUCGGUUCUAUGUAAAACGUCCAAUGAACGAGUGGCCAUAAAAACAAUACAGAAGAAGCGCUUUUGUCUUCAACAAAGAGGCGAAAUAAAGAGAGAACAAGAAGCAUGGGCAUCCUCAUCCAGCCAUCCCCACAUUGUUACUUUAUUCGGUUGCUUCAAAACAAAUACGAGUUUCUGUUUCGUCUCGGACUACGUGGACGGACAGGACUUGACUAAUUAUUUAGAAACUAAUGGACGUUUUCGAGAAAUCCAAGCAAAAUUGAUUGCUUCGCAAGUGGCUUCGGCCAUUAUGUUUAUUCAUAAUAAAGGAAUAAUUCAUAGAGACAUAAGCUCCAGUAACAUCAUGCUUGAUAAGACCAAAGGAGCACAAUUAAUCGAUUUCGGUCUCUGCACAUUUGAACGAAACCCGAAACAAUUUUGCGGGACUUUAUUCUAUGUUUGCCCAGAAAUUCUUCAGGGAAAGUCAUAUGAUGCUUACUGCGAUUGGUGGUCAUUUGGAACCGUAUUAUAUCAAAUGUUAAUCGGAAGCACCCCAAUGGACAUAUACCUUGAAAAAAUGAAGGUCGACAUCAAUUCAUUAUCCAUUACCGACAUGAUAAACAUUGCCCAAAACAUGGAGUUAGUGUAUCCGACUCAUUUGCUACUGUCGAUGGAUUCAACGCUCAUAAUCGAGGAUUUGCUACAGAAAGAUCCAAAUAAACGUCUUUCGGAAACGGACAUCAGUAAACACAUGUAUUUUGAUGGUGUCCCGUGGCCAGAAUUAGUCCAGACUUGACUGAUCAAUG